AAUGAACUACAAAUAGUUGUAUGAAGAGAUGGUUGAAAAAUAUUAAUAAAUGGAAGAAGAAUAUAAUUAAUUUGUAGAAGAAAGUCAAUCAUUAGAAGAUUAAUAAUAAAAGAAUAUUGAAUCCUUAAGUAAAUAACUUGCUUAGGCAUAAAAUUCUCUUCUACAACAAAAAGAAGAAACCCAAAAAGCCAGAGUAAAUAUAUUAUUUAAUAUUCUUUAGAAUGAAUUGUAGUAAAUUUAAAAUCAACUAGAAAAGUAAAUAAAUAAAAAGGAUGCACAAAUUGCUGAAUUAUAAAAAACACUCUAAACUUAUAAAAUGCAAAUUAUUGAUCUAGAAGUUGAUUAAGAUUUAAAUGAUAACAAAAUUAGGUAUUGUUUUCAAUUAUAUUAAGAUAGCUAGAAGAAUCAAAUAAAGAUUUAGAAGUGAAAUUAGAUAAGGUUCUCGAACAAUUAGCUUUAGCACAUACUGAUCUGGAAGCUAGUAAAUCAUCAUCAUAGGAAGAAAUUGAACGUCUAAAAUAAACUCUCAAAGGUAAAGAUAUAUAUAAAUAUUCAUAGAAAAUGAAGAUGAAUUAACUGCAGCCAAAUGCUUAAAAAUCAAUAUUACAACAACACCUGAAAUUGUAAAAAUGCCAAAAAUUGAUUCUUUAAGAGCUAAUGCUGCUGGAUUUAACAAAAGCUUAACUCUUAUUCAAGCCUUAAUUAAAGAUCUUGAUGAUAAAAUGUCUUUAAUAAGACAUCAAAAGUCAUGACGAAAUGAUUUUUAUUUUAUUAUUUUUUAUUUAUGUAAAAAUACUAAAAAACAUUAUAAAAACUUAACUAAGUUUAUGUAUUUAGAAAAGAUAGAGCAACAUUAACAAACAUAAUAAAAAUGACUUAAUUAUUGGGAAAUCCAUAACAAAAUCUAUAAUUCAUACAUAUAGCAGGCACAAAUGGAAAAGGCUCUGUCACACUUAAAAUGUGCAAAUUAAUGUAAUCAAUUGAAUCAUGUGGUUGUUAUACAUCACCUCAUAUAUCAAGUUUUAGAGAAAGAAUUAAAGUACAUUUAUCAACAAAAUGAGGUCGAUAAUUAAAUGAUUUCUGAAGAAUACGUAUAAGAACACUUAAAUGACUUUUUUAAUUUAGCAGAAAGGAAUAAUCUUGAAUUAACUUUUUUUGAAUAUGUGACAUGUUUAGCAUUAAAAUAUUUUAAUGAUAUGAAUCUUAAAUAUGUAUCAUGGGAAACUGGUUUAGGAGGAAGAAUGGAUUCAACAAAUAUAAUCAGUUCUCCUUUAAUAUCUAUCAUUACAACAAUAGGAUAUGAUCAUAUGCAUAUUCUUGGGAAUACACUGGAACUAAUUGCCAAAGAAAAGGCUGGAAUUAUUAAAUAAAAUUGUCCUGUUGUUAUAGGUCCAAAAAGUAAGCCAUAUGAAAUUUUUAUUAAAGAGGCAUAAUAAAAGAAUGCUGAUUUAACUAUAGUUUAAGGUGAAUUUUAAGAUUUUAAUGAUGAAAAUAAUGCAAUAGUAAUGGCUGCAUCUAAAAUUUUAAUGGAAAAAUAUUGUAAUAAUAUAAUUCAAAUUAGAAUUCAAAUUAAAUAACUUUGAAGAAGUUUUAAAAAUUAAAUAACCAUGUAGACUUGAGUAAUUCAAUAUCUAGAAUGAUAAGGGAGACAAUAUUAAAGUAUAUCUUGAUGUUGGUCAUAAUGAAUAAGCUAUUGUAAUUAAUAUAUUAUAAGAAAUAGAAAAGUGUCUUAGAUUUAUUAAAGGAUUAAAAGAUUAUUUGUAUAUAUGGAGCAUCUAAUGAUAAAGAUAUUACUUCAUGUUUAUAAUUGCUAAAAUAAAAUUGUCAUUAAGUGUAUAUGGUUUAAGCUAAGAAUAAUAGGGCAUAUUAAAUUAAAUAAUUGUUAGGUUCUGAUGAGAUUAAGAUUUUAUAUGAUGGUGAUAUAUCAAAAACUACUUUGGAAAUAGUGAAUAAAGUAUGUUAAAUUGAUUAGGUAAUAUUGGUGAUUGGAUCCUUUUAUAUUAUGGAUGAAGUAAGAAUGAUUUUAAAGAUUUGCUAAACAUAAUGUGAUUUUAAAUGA